AUGGCUUGGUUGGUAUUGCAGGGUGGAGAAAACGAAUACAACAGGGCUAUGAGAGGCAACUAUUCGCGAUUGGGAGCUUUUCGGAUCAUAGAGGAGUUCCUAGUGCCACACUCUACCGUUACCAUAGAGGAAACUGCCCAAGCGCUUCAUGAUCUGCUCCCCCCACCAGAUGACCCUGCUUUCCCCGGUGGAGCUGACUUGUUCGGAAACCUCAUACUCGAGUUAUCUCAGCAGAUCGAGUACGACAAUGCUGCUCAAGACCGCUUUGUGCGGGUUAUUCAAAGACUGCAAGAGUCGGACCGCGUGAAAAAACAUAUACCACGACGUGCCGGUGCCGGUGGAUUCGGUCGCUAUGAAACUAUGCCACAAAUGGCGCUCAGCUUAGUACAUUAUUCUGCGCCUCAAAUGGACAGGGAUAGAAACGAAGAGCACUUCCUUAACGUUCGGGCCUUCAUAGCGCGGCUUUGCAGAGUGGGAGUUUUGCAAGCUCAGGCUUGGUUAGUCAAUGAAAUGAGGGCUGCCUUGGAAGAUACGCUGCCAGACGAUAUGGAUAUGGUAUCCAUACAGGGUGCUGCGAUAAUUAUCCUGUUUGCUGGGGAAUGGUUGUUUGAGGAGGUCGCUCGAGCACCUAAGCUUGACGAGAUACAUGAUAACGAUAUGUGGAGAACUGGUACGUACUAUACUGGUCCUCGAUAUGGUUUCACGAGGUGGAGACACUGGCAAAGGCUACUUAUGUGGGUGCAACGGACAGUGCCGCUCGAUCAGGAGGCUAGGCGGCUUAUGUUCAAUGCCGCGUGGUAUAUGUAUGGAAUAGCAAGGUGUCUUCCGUCCUACUAG